AUGGCGAAAGUUACAAAAAUAUUGGUUAUACUACUUAUAUAUCUAUCGCUGACUAAAGGAACUGACUAUCCACAGUUGAGAUUCCUUGGAAAGCUUAUUAAUAUCCUGAAAGAACACAGACCGAUUGAAACCAUGAUAAUAAUCAAGAAUAGCCAGAACAAAAACUGCUCUCUUCAACACUGGAAUCCACCUGGAACUACCAUCCUUAGGGCCAAUGAGUUGGCCUCCAUCAAAAUAAUAAUAGUGGCGAUUGCUGAUAAUCCGGAAGAAAAACUAUCAUUCUACCGGAUGAAUCCGUUUCCCACUCCACAAUUUGUUCACAUCAAAAAUUUAUCAAGGAUCAAGUCCCCAGUAUUUUAUGAUCCUGGAUUUAAUUAUCAAACUAGGACGGCUAUUUUGAAGGAAAGUACAAACUCGAAUAUACGUUAUAAUUUAAAGACCACAACUGGCAGUAUUCCCAUAUCUCAUAUCGAAGAUUUGGAAAUCAUUGAGUUCGGCAAGAAGUAUAACUUGACCUUGAGAUUGUUUGACAAGAAUGACACAAAGGCAACCCAUUUUGAUAUUCAGUUAGGUCAACGGUUUAUAACCCGAAACUUUCCCACUCAAAUGGACUUUAUAAACCCCUCCACAGCCAGUUCGUUAAUGGUUAUAGUACCCUGUAGUCAAGAGUGGCGUUUUGUAGAUGUGCUUAAAAAAUUGGGUGUUCUUAAAUUGCUGUUGUGCCUUCUCAUAGUCUACGUUGCCUUCGUUUUUGUGGAAACCUUCAUACUUUGGUUAAACCAUCGGAUGUCCGGGGAUUCACGACGCCUGACCAGCCUAAACCCCUUAUUGAAUACUCGAGCCGUUCGGGCCAUUUUAGGUCUACCCUUUCCUGAGCCUCGCAGAUCAAGCCUUUCGCUUCGACAACUUUCUCUGUCCAUAAGCAUUUUUGGCUUUAUCUGCAGCAAUUUUAUUAGCUGCAAACUAAGUGCUAUGUUGACGAAGCCAGCACAAAAUGCCCUAGCUAGAAAUUUUGAAGAGUUGCGGGCUAGCGGAUUGAUAACAGUUACGGAUAAGUACACCCACUCCUUUGUGGAGAGUGAGAUUGAUCCAGAGUUCUUUCACAAAGUUCUACCGAAUUUUUAUAUUAUGGAGAAUCCUGAACGAAACAAAAUGGUGACCUCUUUGAACGAUAGUUUUAGCUUUACAAUGCUCUCAACUUUAUGGCCUUCUUUGGAUUUUUUUCAGCGAUCUUACGGAGAAAGAGUCUUUUGCGCCUCAGAUAACUUGACAAUCGCUUGGAAUAUUCCAAGGAUGUAUUCUCUGGAGAACAAUUCCAUUUUCAAAUGGAUGCUGACACGAUUUAUGAUUUAUCUUGACGAAUCUGGUAUUCCUAUGCAUUGGAUAAAAAAGAAUUACAAUAUGACCAUGCUUUCAAGGUUUAAACCUGGUGCAGUUCCCCUAUCCAUUGAACAUCUAAGCUGGCUGUGGCAUUUGUUGGUCCUUGGGCACAGUAUUGCCACAGUGGUUUUCAUCGUCGAGAUAUUUCUUAGCAAGAGAAAUAAAUUCAUGAAGAUUUUAAGAACAAGGUCCAGCGGGGAACAUGAUUUGGUUUAG